UAUGACAACAAAUAUCAGAACACAAUGCACAUUAUAACUAUUAUUCGUCAAAUAAUCCGUUUACGGCACACAGAAUAAUGAACAUACAAUUUUCUAAACUAAAGGCAGAACCAAAGGCAGAAGGCUGCCGUUUUCUGAGAGAGAACAGCUUUCACUUUCAGUUUGCUUCAGGAGUCUGACUGAGCAGAGGCAGAAACCUUCCAGAUCACAAAACAAAAAGCUUGCUGCUCCCCUCUCACCAUGAAGAUACAAAUAAUGGUGUUUACAACUAUCCUAUUCUAUGUGUGGACUCUGAACACCGACCGUGAAGAAGAAUUAGUUGACCCCUCUGAUAUGCUGAAUUAUGAUGCAGCCACACAAACGAUGAGAGCGAUUUGGAAGCAAAGGAGGAGCAACACAUUUCUAAAAGGCCACCUUAAGCGGAUUUUGGAAAAUGCUGAGAAACUUGGUCUCCCUGACCAUGAUGAAGAAGUCAAUUAUGAUGCUGAAGUCAUAUUUACAAGCCAAGCACUAAAUGAGAUCUUCAAACUCCUGAAUGAUGAGGACUGGGACUCAACCAUACUUGAACAUCAUCUUCAAAUUAUUCUCUUUAAUUUCAAGAAUCAUAAGGACAACAACAUUUUCUCAAUGGAUUUCUAUGUAUUAAUGGUUGCCAUUUUCGUGCUUAUUCUUUGUGGAUGCUUGGUUCCAUUGGUAAACUGCUUUGAGGACUUCAUACUUGAAAACAAGGAGCCCCCUCCUGCUGUCGAAGAUUACAGAUGUGAGGCUGAAGAAGGAGAACCAGAAGUAGGUCAGGAUCUAACAGAUGAAGACAUCGGAAAUGCUGGACAGUAUCCCAUACAACAAAACCCCAGUGAUAGCAGUGGAAGUUAUGGGCAGCAGACUUUAUCUGCAAAUCCAACCUCGCUGUCAUCUAAUUUGCCAGAAGAUGAAAUUGGGACUCCAGAUCCGCAAACAAAUCAAACCCCUCCCAUUGACUUCAUACCUGAAAACAAGGAGCCCCCUCCUGCUGUCGAAGAUUACAGAUGUGAGGCUGAAGAAGGAGAACCAGAAGUAGGUCAGGAUCUAACAGAUGAAGACAUUGGAAAUGCUGGACAGUAUCCCAUACAACAAAACCCCAGUGAUAGCAGUGGAAGUUAUGGGCAGCAGACUUUAUCUACAAAUGCAACCUCCCUGCCAUCUAAUUUUCCAGAAGCUGAAAUUGGGACUCCAGAUCCGCAAACAAAUCAAACCCCUCCCAUUAACCUGUCCCAUACAGAAUUACAAGUAAGAACAAUAUCUGCUGCUGAGGAACCAAUGGACGAAAACCUUUGCCCUAUGGCUUUACAGUCUAUUUCACAUGGGCAAUUGGAGUCAGAAGUAGAACACAGUCGUGUCUCUACUCUUUUCCUUAUAGAGGAUAUCUAUACAGAAUUUUCUUUGGACAAUGAGAACUCAUCUGAAAUUUAGUGAAAAAAUCAGAAUCAGAGCCUUUAAUUGAAACUCUGUUAUAAAGAACUUCAGAAUGAUGGAGCAAAAUGUGUUUUGACACUAACUUGUCUACCCUUAUUUUUUUGCUAAAGGGUCAGUGAUACCCCUUUCACACCGCAGCUUGAACCCGGUAAAGUGCCGAUUUUUCAGGCUUCCUAAACGGUUCGAGCUGCGAUGUGAAAGGGUCACCUUCAAUUUACCGUUUUCAAAAUACCGGUAUUUUGAAACGGUAAAAAGCAGGGUUCUACCCGUUUCAGACCCGUUUCAUUGUGCAGUGUGAAAGGGUCUGAAACGGUAUUUGCAAGCCCCAGAAGGUGAUAGGCUGUCUCCAUGUGUGAUGUCACCAGGCAGAAGCAGGAAAUAAACAUUUAAAAUGACAA